UGUUGUAAAAUUUAGUCAAUUUUAUAAUGCAAUGAUUGAUUUUACUGCCAACAACGUCAUUUCAUGAUAAUAUUCGUCCGGUGUGUCACAUAAAAAAAUUUCAAAUUCAUAGUAAGAAAAAAUCGAAAGAGUAAUGGAUGAAUGAUAACUCUCCAAGCACUGUUUUGUUCCCAAAAUGGAGACUGAAGACUCCCAGACGAAUCUCAUCAUCGACGAAGAAGACAUUGCAUUAUACGCGCGUUUCGCCCGUGGUGUAUUCACCAUUUUGUUAAUUUUGAUGAAUAUUGUACAAAUCUUGGUAAGCAUCGUGGUCUUCAUCGGGCAACGUUUAGGCGAUGAAAUCGUCGCCACCGAACACAUGUUUCUAUUAAUGAGUAACCUAUACGCGUUUAUGUGUCAGUUCUUUUUCUUUACCCUAUGCGACAUAACACUACUCCGACCCGAAAACAAACACAAGCGAGGAAAAGUCAUCUCUGGUCUGACCACACUAUUACUCUAUUCGAUCUUUACUUACUUUGCGGCGAAAAUCCGUGAUACGUUCACUCAUGUUCUCGAACGAUACACCCGGAGUGGCACGGUGCGCACCAAUGUACUGCGCACGAUGAAGGUCAUGGUGGAAUUCCUGAAAGCCGCCAUUGUUAUCCUCUGCCUGCGCGAACAAGGUUUGCAAUAUCACUUUGAUCCUUGCUAUUCGUCUGCCACAUUCGUGUAUUACAUCUGCACGGAGAAACUUUUCGUAGACGCCAUUAUCUACGGCUCCAAAAUGUUGUCGCUGGAGAGGUUCGACGGGCUGGAACACCUUUACAUUCCCAUUAUCCUGCACACAAUCAGCAUCAUCUUGACUAUCAUGAUAUUGGCGGUGCUGCUCUCUAUGCAACGGUAUACGAUCUACGCGUUUCUAUCUUCGUACUUCACGCUGUAUCUGCCAAUGAAGAAUUUAAUAUGGAAUUAUUUGACGCCUUUGAUGGUGGAGCAGAGGACGUUUGCUAGCUUUAAAGUGGCGAAUGAAAAAGACUUGUCGCAAUGGGAUGAUAUUUGUGCGGUUUGUUUGGAACGUAUGAGCAAGGCGAGGAUUACACCUUGUAAUCAUUUAUUUCAUCCGCAAUGUCUCAAGCGCUGUUUGCAGACUUCCAUGCAAUGCCCGCUUUGUAAGAACGAAUUUGAUACCGGCAUGAAUAAUAAUCGAUAUUUUAUUAACAGGCGGUUGAAUUAAUCGUCAUUAAAAUUCGGAACAGACAGAUUAAAAAAAAUUGUAAUAUAAAAUUAGAAUUGAAUAAAGAAAACAGUCGGGCUUGAAACAA